AUGGAGACGUCCUUUGUCCUUCUCUGCAAUGGGUACAGUCCCUGGCAGGGGCUUCUGCUCACAGCAUCCCUUUUAACAUGCUGGCACAUCUCCACCUCCACUGCACAUGUCACCAUUGAAUCUGUCCCACCCCAUGUGGUUGAAGGAGAAAAUGUCCUUCUUCUUGUCGACAAUCUGCCAGAGAAUCUUGCAACGUUAGUUUGGUCCAAAGGGGUGAAAAUUACGGACAAUAUAAUUGGUUUGUAUGCACUGAACAAAGGUUUAAGUGCUCCAGGGCCUCUACACAGUGGUAGAGAGACACUAUACCACAAUGGAUCCCUAUUGCUCAGAAAUGUCACAUGGAAGGACACAGGCUCAUAUACCCUACAAACCUUAAAUAGACAAGAAGAUAUUGUAUCAACAACAACCAUUGACCUUCAUGUGCACACCUCCUAUUGUGGGUGCCCUUGCUCCUCUGCUCAGAUCACUAUUGAGUCAAUUCCAUCAAGCAUUGUAGAAGGUACAAAUGUUCUUCUAGUGGCUCAUAAUAUCCCGGAGAAUCUUCGAUCCUUUUUCUGGUACAAAGGAGGAAUUGUGUUCAAGAGCUCUGAGAUUGUCUGGCACAUAAAAGCCACAAAUUCAACUGUGUUGGGCCCUGCACACAGUGGUAGAGAGAUAGUGUACAGUAAUGGAUCCCUGCUGCUCCAGAAUUUCACCUGGGCUGACACUGGAUUCUACACGCUACGAACUCUGAGUAGAGACAUGAAAACUGAAUUAGCACAUGUGCAACUCCAGGUGGACACCUCUCAUUGUCAUCACUAUCCCACCUCUGCUCAGCCUACUAUUGAAUCAGUUCCACCCAGUGCUGCUGAAGGGGGAAGUGCUCUUUUAGUGGUUCACAGUCUCCCAAAGAAUAUUUUAGCCAUUUACUGGUACAAAGGAACAAUUGUGAUCAAGGACCAUGAGAUUGCCAAAUACAGUGUAAACACAAAUUCAAGGCCCACAAACACUGUGGGCCUUGCACACAGUGGUAGAGAGACACUGUACAGCAAUGGAUCCCUGCUGAUCCAGAAUUUGACCAGGAGUGACACUGGAUCCUACACCCUAAAAACUCUGACCAGAGAUGGGAAAGUUGGAUUAACGCAAGGACAACUUCUGGUAGACACCUCCCUUUCUGUGUGCUGCAACCCUCUCACUUCUGUCCAACUCAUGAUAGAGCCAGUGCCACAGAAUGCUGUUAAAGGGGAAAGCGUUCUUCUCCUUGUUCAUAAUCUACCCAAAAAUAUGCUAUCUUUUGCCUGGUUCAAAUCAGCAUAUAGCAUCCCAAAUUAUAAAAUUGUGGCAUACAGAAGAGAUGUGAAUUACAUCUACAAGGGGCCUCUCUACAGCAGAAGAGCAAUGGUGUACCCCAAUGGAUCCCUUUUGCUCCAGGAUGUCAUGGAGAGUGAUGCAGGAAUCUAUACACUACAAAUUUUCAAAAGUGAUUUACAUUUUGAAAUAGCAUAUAUACUACUCCAUGUGUACACCUGCAGGAUUCCUCCUUCCCAGCUCUUUAUUGAUUUAAUGACACCCAAUGUUCUUGAAGGGACAAAUGCUCUCCUACUUGUUCAUAAUAUCCCAGAGAACCUUCAAGCCUUUUCCUGGUACAAAGAGGUAAACAUCCUCACCAGACAUUUAAUUGCAUGGAAGGAAAUAACUGAUAAUGAAAGUUGGCUGGGGCCCGCAUACAGCCGUAGAGUGACUGUGUACCCCAACGGAUCCUUGGUGCUCUACAACACCACCCAAAAUGACACUGGACUCUACACCCUACAAACCUUAAAUACGCAGUUUAAAACUCAAGAAACACAUGUGUACCUCCACAUAUACAAGCCUGUGACACAGCCAUUUAUCCAAGUCACCAGCACCACAGUUACAGCACAAAACUCGGUGGUCCUCAGCAGCUCUGUGGAUUUCACUUGCCUGGCAGAUGAUACUGGAGUCUCCAUCCGGUGGAUCUUCAAUAACCAAAGUCUGCAAUUCACAGAUAGGAUGACACUGUCCCCGACAAAGUGCGCACUCUUCAUAAAUCCUGUCAGGAGGGAGGAUACUGGAGAUUAUCAGUGUGAGGUGUUUAAUCCAGUCAGUUCAAAGACCAGUCUCCCAUUCAGUCUGGUUGUGAGGAAUGACUGA